AUGGCGAAAAAAUUAACGGAUGACGAGUUGAAAAGAAGGUUACCUCCAGACGUGUACCGCGUUACCCGUGAGAAAGGUACAGAAGAACCUUUUACAGGAAAAUACAAUAACCACUUUGAAAAUGGACACUACAAAUGCGUUUGCUGUGGAGCCCUGCUUUUUAAGUCGAAGGACAAAUUUGCCAGCGCCUGCGGGUGGCCAGCCUUCUCUCUUGCUGCAGGCGCCUUGGCCUCCGGCGACGAUGCAGACACGAAUGUCAAGCGGCGUUUAGACUCUUCACUGGGUAUGCGGCGUGUCGAGGUCGUCUGUAAAGUGUGCGACGCGCAUUUGGGGCAUGUAUUUGAAGACGGACCUGCGCCUACAAAUUUGAGGUAUUGCAUAAACAGCGCAUCUCUAUCCUUUGAACCGGAGGGCUCAUCAUAA